GCACCCAAGCGGGCAGAGAUGUGCCAGCUCCGGGCACUGCCAGCCCUGCUGCUCCUGCUCUGCUGCCCCUGGGCCAGUGCCAGUGCUCUGCGGGGUGGGAUUGUGGGGGGCCACGAGGCACGGCCCCACUCGCACCCCUACAUGGCCUUCCUGAAGAUAGCAGAUCUGGGGGGCUGUGGGGGCUUCCUGGUGGCCCCUGACUGGGUGAUGUCAGCUGCACACUGCCUGGGGAACACCACAGUCAUCCUGGGGGCUCACAACAUCCACAAAGCAGAAAAAUCCCAGCAGGUCCGGGGGGUGCUCAAGUACCACGAGCACCCUGAAUACAACCCCAGCACGAUGGAAAACGACAUCAUGCUGCUGCAGCUGACAUCAAAGGCCACUCUCAAUGACUUCGUGCAGCCCAUCCCCCUGCCCAGGACGGGCAGUGACCUCCCCACAGGCACCAAGUGCACGAUUGCAGGCUGGGGUCGGAUCGACCAGCACAGGGCCACCAACAAGCUCUUUGAGACCCAAGUCUCCAUCUACAGCCGCAGGAAAUGCAGCCUCUUCUACCCACACCUGGAUUCUGGCAUGGUCUGUGCAGGCAGCUUCCACCAGCUGAAGGAUUCCAGCCAGGGAGAUUCUGGUGGGCCCCUGGUGUGCAAUAAAGUGGCACAAGGAAUCGUUUCCUUUGGCUACGACUCCCCACCCGGGGUCUACACCCGCAUCUCCAACUACCUGCCCUGGAUCAAAAAAGUCAUGAAGAAGUAGUGGCAGUGGCAGUGGCAGUGGCAGUGGCAGUGGCAGUGGCAGUGGCAGCACUUUCUCCAGCUCUGCUGUGGCCCUGGACACUGCCAGAGCUUCUUUCCUGCCCCUGCUGAAGGCUCAGCUCCCUGCUGUCUCCUCAGGAACCCAAGUGACUUGGUCAGGGCACUCGAGUGCCCUUCACUGUUCUGGGGCUGCUGUCUGUCCCUGCCUGUCUCAGGGCUGUGUUAACCCCCCUGGCAGGAGCAGAGAUGGCCCCAGAUGGCACAAAAAGAAGCUGUGCCACAAGAAACUCCACUUCCUUCAGAGAUAACCCUGUUCCUGCUUGAACCCUGCUGCACUUCAAGUAAACUCAAAGCUGCCCCUCCCA